CUACGGCGACAGCAACGUGCCUUCGACCGAGUUCUGGACAGCAACCUCGUCGAUACAGCGCUGAAAUGUCAUUUGUCAAUCAGUGAGCGAGUACUGGCCACAGUUGAAGUUAAUAGCACAGUUGCGACGAUAGUUUGUUAGCUGCUUUCGUGCAUACCGUAUGCGAAUGCGAAAGUGUAAAAGUCACAAAUUGCAGCUAAUUAGUGCUCAAAUGUGCAUGCGUACGCUCAUAGCUAGCUGUGCGCUCAUUGACGACGCCAAUUUGCGAAAAAUAUUGGCACCACGGGCACGAAAAUAAAAGUGUUAAAUUUUGCGAGAUGUUUUUGAAAAUUAUCAUUUUUUGUUGUAUUGCAAAUUAGUGUGUUGGUUCAAGUACUUGAAACGGAAUACUGUAAACAAAAAAAAAAAAGAAAUCGAAACAAAAUCGUGUAAAAAAAAAUUGCAGCUAUGAAUACACGCCAAAUAGGUGAAAUGUCUAUCACAUAAAAAGUACAACAAAAUUGAUUUAACGGACAAAAUAACUUGCGUAAAACAAAAUACAUAUCAGCAAAAAAAAAAAACAACAAAAACAGAUUCAUUUUAAAAUGUAUCAAGCCGCUGUAGCACAGUUAGAUUUUAAGCCUGAAGAACGCCUGCAACAACCCAAAACCACAAAGUGCUGUAAGAUUUGUAAAAGAAUGCCUGAAAGUAGGAGACGAGGAGGUCAGAGUAUUACCGGCGAUACCAGUUACGCGAACACUGCAGUCCAUCAUCAUCCCGCCUCUCCAGUUGCACCUGCAACAGCCGCGUGUCCCACCAUGCUCACCAACAAUGCGCCGGUGAUGCUGCAUGAUUCCGCCGAACAAUCACCCCUUGCCGACAUAGAUACCACACGAAUUUGUGGAGGCGCUUUUGCGCAAAGCCGUCGCCUAACAUUGCGUCGUCUAUGCACCCUUUUGCUGCUCUGCACUUUCUUCUCUGCUGCAGCGGGUUGCGGCCCGGGUCGGGGUAUUGGUGGACCGCGAAAAAAUCGCAAACUUACGCCUCUCGUUUUUAAGCAGCACGUGCCGAAUAUGUCCGAGCGUACACUGGGCGCUUCCGGUCUGAAUGAGGGCGCCAUCAAGAGAGAUUCGCCUAAAUUUAAGAAUUUGGUACCAAAUUACAAUAAGGAUAUUAUAUUUAAGGAUGAUGAAGGAACUGGUGCAGAUCGGCUAAUGUCAAGGCGAUGUAAAGAGAAACUCAACAUUCUCGCGGUUUCUGUGAUGAAUCAAUGGCCCGGUGUACGGUUACGUGUCACCGAAAGUUGGGACGAGGACAAUGCUCAUCAUACCGACUCGUUGCAUUAUGAGGGUCGUGCUGUCGAUAUAACAACUUCCGAUCGUGAUCGCACCAAAUAUGGUAUGUUGGCGCGUCUCGCUGUAGAAGCAGGUUUCGAUUGGGUCUACUAUGAAAGUCGAGCGCAUAUACACUGUUCGGUGAAAUCAGAUUCUCAACACAUUCCACAUGUUAGCGGUUGUUUUGCUGCCGACAGCAGCGUGCUCCUUGCCAACGGUCAACGGAAAAUGUUGCGUGACUUACGUAUCGGCGAUCGGGUACUCGCCAUGAGCGCUACGGGUCAGCCCGUUUACAGUGAAGUUAUACUCUUUAUGGAUCGAAAUCUGGAGCAAGUGGAGAAUUUUGUACAAAUUCAUACAGAUGGCGGAGCGGCGCUAACUGUGACACCAGCGCACUUGGUAUUGAUUUGGCAUCCAAAUGAACAACGGCUGGAGUAUAUGUUCGCCGAUCGGGUGGAAGAAGACGAUUAUGUGCUGGUGCAUGAUCAUUAUGGCCGCUUGAGUCCGCGACGCGUGCUGCGACUGAAGGUGGAGCGCAAGCCGGGUGUAGUGGCGCCUUUGACGCGUGAGGGUACAAUUGUCGUAGAUUCGGUGACGGCUUCCUGUUAUGCAGUGGUGAAUAGUCAAAAGUUGGCGCAUUGGGGUUUGGCGCCGAUGCGUCUAAUGGCAGCAGUUAGAUCGUGGUUACCUGGUAGCAGCACCGACGCUAAUGCGACGGCACAAGCAAAGAGUGCGUCCAAUUCGACGACGCCAACAACGACGCAGACGAAGGGUAUUCAUUGGUAUGCGCAAUUUUUGUAUUCAAUCAAGGAUAUUGUGUUGCCGCAGGAGUGGUCAUAUCAAUGACCUGUCCGGUGAUUAUCUUAAAUGGAAGACAUAUGCCUAGCGUCUACUUCGUCCUGGCUGCGAAGUUUUACGCUAGGUGCAACGUGACAUACCCAUUCACUUGAUAUACAUACAUAUACAUACAUAUGUAUGUAUGUAGUAUGUAAAGUGAAAUAGCUAGACGACUAAGCGCCUUAUGAAUUUUAUUGAAUGUAAUUUGUUGACGCUGAAUGCUUAUUAGUUUAAUGAAUUGUUAGUUUCUAAGUAGGAAAUCUUUUAAUUAUAUUUUUUAAACUUUUACUGCUUCAACGGAAAUGUGUGAAUGUAGGCCAGUGGAAUUGUUAUGUAUUUAGAAGAAAAAAAUUUUGAAUUGAAAUGAGAAAUCAAAAAUUAAUUUUAGUUUUAUUUUCGAUGUAUUUGCGGCUAUUUAACUUAUUGUGCAUGUGUGUGUGAGUGUGUGUGUGUGCGUGUAUAGUAGUAAGAAGCCAAACGAGCAAAAAUCCAAUGUUUAUACAUAGUUAGUACGCAUAUAAUAUAUGGUCAUAAGCAUUAACCGCCUAAGUCGACUUAAGAAAGAAUUGAGUUAUAUAUGCUGUCGUAUUCUGCAAUUACUGUUCCAUGCGUAUGUGAAAUACCCACCUCGCCAGCUAGACUAUUUAAAAAGUUAUAGACGAAAAUAUUUUGGUUUCCCCAUAAGGCUAACAUCACAAUCCAAAUGUUUAAAACUUUUUUUCUCGAAUUAAGAUUUUUCGGCUUAGGCGGCUAUUGCUUAUGACCACUUACAUAUAUAAUUCAUAUAGAUAUGUACAUCCCUAAAAUGCGUGAAUUUUUUUCGUAAAAUACAAAAUGCCAAUUGUUGCACAUUUUUUAUAUCUAAAUCAGAUGUUUUUUUGUUUAGUUUACUAAUCAAAGUGAAAAAUUUAGAGCAUUCGCAACAUUCAACGUGAACAUCUAUCUAUCAACGAUAACACCGCGCGGCAGUAAAUUUUACACACAAACAAAAAAUCAAUAUACUCGCUAACUAAAAAAUUCAGUGAAACGUCGAGUAGCCA